UCAGUGCAGUGCAAGGCGUCGAGACGCUCGUCCGUCGGUAUGUGCGCGCUCGACGACCAAGCAGUCCGCGACGGUCGCGGGACUCGGCCACCGGACCAGGUAUCAUCAUCGCUCUUUGUUGCUUUACUAUUGUCGCAAUUAUGUCCAGUGUGCUGUCCCUGUUCCGUCUCGUUCUGUUUGGUCCCGCUUGUGUGAUGGGAACGUAGAGUAAUUCACUCCUCACUCCCGUCGCACGUGUGUGUUAUUAUUGAGUUGCGACUAAUCUCUAUGCUUUCCAGGCGCUCUAGUAUAGUUUAGUGUCACAGUCCUCCUUUCUGCUGCUGUUCUGUUCUGUGUUGUCCUCGCUCGCUAACGCCGCUAAGUUGUGUCUCUUCAUCUUGCGGAUGCUGCAAUGCAGAAAAAUCUCCCCAAGCGGAAAACAAUAAUAAAUAAAUAUGCGGUAGAUAAAAAUUAAAAGACUAGAAUCGCCUCGGACGUUAUCAGCCGAAGUCGGCAAGUGUCAUGGUUCGGAACCGAUAACAGGUGUUAUCUUAUCACCUGGUCGUGCAGGUGAAGUCAGUAUUGUGUAUAGAGUGGCUCCGUAGAGCAUCAUGCUGCAUUCUCUAGACGCUCUCGCUGGAAAACUUUCACCGGGCAGUAAGGCAGGCCCAACGAGCCCCCCAGCAUCCCAACUGGACGGAAACGCAAACCGAGUACACCCCUACCACAAGCACGGCACUAUAUCCAAUUCACCGAUGAAUAACAACAACAUCAGCAGUAAACACAAUAAAAAUAACAUACUGAAUGCGAGUCCGAGCUCGAAUCCAGAACAGGACCAACCCGAUCCGGACAACAUCAAAAUGUUCGUGGGUCAAGUUCCCCAUUCCAUGGACGAGAACGACCUAAAGCAAUUAUUUGAAGAGUAUGGCCGGGUGCAUUCUAUCAACGUCCUCCGAGAUAAAAAUACGGGAAUCAGUCGAGGUUGUUGCUUUGUUACAUUUUACACCCGAAAGGCGGCUCUGCUGGCUCAGGACGCGCUGCACAACGUCAAGACGCUACGAGGGAUGCACCACCCCAUACAGAUGAAACCGGCGGAUAGCGAGAAUAGAAAUGGUAAGUGCGGGUAUUGAUUGUUCUUUAAGCGCGGGCGGUGGGUGGAGGAUCGUAAUCGGAUGCCGCGAUGUUUAUUCAAGGA